AUGUCGAGCCAAAUUGAGGAGGGUGAAUCGCCUGCACUCAGCAAAGAAAAGUCAAACUUGUCGUACUCCUGCGAUGCCAGACGCGGAUGGAGGCGAUGGCGAAUCUUCCAUCCCGGUAGAGGAAUGUACCAUGAUGUUAAGCGAAGACUUCCCUACUACCCGAGUGAUAUCACCGACGCCUUUACCUACAGAACAGUCGCCAGUACAAUCCGAAUGUACUUUGUCAAUCUCCUCCCUGCUAUAGCCUAUACUCUCGAUAUGUAUCGCCGAACAGGCCAAUUCUUCGGCAUCAACGAAGCUCUGUUCUCUUCCGCCAUGGCAGCCAUUGUCUUCAGCCUAUUCAGCGCCCAGCCGCUCACCAUCGUCGGCGUCACUGGUCUAAUCUCACUGUUUAACUUCACUAUCUACGACAUUAUCAGCAUGUACGAUAUUUCCAUAUACCCCCAGUUCAUGGCGUGGACGGGAAUCUGGGCGGCCAUCUUUCACUGGCUAGCUGCUAUCUUCAACGUGUGCGAUUACAUGCGCUACGUGACGGACUUUUCUAGCGAGUCGUUUGGCAUGUAUGUCGGUAUUAUAUACAUCAUUAAGGGUGUCGAGGAGCUUGUCAAUGAGUUUGACAAAGGCGGUCAGGGAGCAGGGUACUUGGCUUGCCUGAUUGCCAUUCUCUACUUUGGCACUGUCUACGGUCUUGAGAAAAUAGGCUCGAGCACGAUCUGGAAGCCAAGUUUCCGUACAAUACUCGCAGACUAUGCUUACGUGUUCGGAACUAUAUUCUGGGUUGGCUUUUCUCACUUCCCUGGCAAUAUCAAGUCAACGCACAUUGAGCGGGUGCCUGUCACCAAAGCCUUCUAUCCCACUCAGUCGAGAAGUUGGCUCAUUGACUUCUGGAACCUGGAAGUCGGAUGGGUGUUUGUAGCCAUGCCAUUCGGUUUUUUAACAAUGCUUUUGUUCUACUAUGACCACAAUGUCAGCAGCAUCACGGCCCAGGCUAGACAGUAUCCCCUCAAGAAGCCUGGUGGAUUCCAUUGGGACUUUUUCCUUCUGGGUUGUACGACUUUCUUGUCUGGUAUUCUCGGCCUACCCAUGCCCAAUGGUCUUGUUCCACAGGCGCCCGUUCAUACCGACUCUUUGACUAUCUACGAAACUGACCUUCAGAUCAUUCCAACGUCUGGAGGAGAGGAUCAAGAAAUACGCCGCCCGAUUGUACGAGCCACGGCGGUGGUUGAACAGCGUGUGUCACAUUUCUUGAUGGGGCUAGGGUUGGUAGGAACUAUGACAGGGCCUCUACUAGUUGUGCUGCACCUCAUGCCGGCCGCGGUAUUUGCUGGUGUCUUCUUUGUUGUUGGCUGGGGAUCUAUCGAAUCAAAUGGCAUCCUCCAGAAGUUCAUCUAUCUCCAGUCAGAGCAACGCUUUAUUCAGCGCGACGAACCGAUCAUUCGAGUACGCCGACGAAAGGUUUCUUUGUAUAUCGCAUUGCAGUUCAUCGGUGUCGCAGUCUGCGUUGCUAUAUCACAUACCAUUGCAGCCAUUGGAUUUCCAGUCCUAAUCAUUCUCAUGAUUCCUCUUCGUAUUCUCGUCAUUCCGCGAUGGUUCACACUAAAAGAGCUCCAGAUUCUGGAUGACUUCACUGCAACUAACAAAACCGUUUUGGCCAGUCUUGGUGGAAAGCCAAUCCUGCCAGAGGACUCAAAGGUUGAGGACUGGGGCCUAGAAAGGCGAGAGAGCGAGGCUCGGCGCGGAGUGCCACGGCAACGUGCCGGAAGUCUUCACCGAUAA